AUGAGUAAAAGUGCAAAUGAGGCAUAUGAGCUCUUAGAGGAGAUGGCUAUGAAUAAUUAUCAAUGGCCAACUGAAAGGGGACAAUCAAAGAAAGUGGCUGGAAUGAUGGAAUUGGAUGCUAUAUCCAUGCUUGCCGCUCAAGUAGCAGCCUUGAUGAAGAGUGGAACAAGAUAUGAAGGGCUAAAGAAGAGUCAGUCAGAAGAAGAAGAGAAGAAGUUGGAUGAAAAAAAGGUUACUGGAGACCUUAAGGAAGAAGAGGAGACCCCACCUGUAAAUAUUGAGCAUCAUGUUAGAGUUCCAUAUCCACAAAGACUUCGCAAGCAUAAUUUGGAUAAGCAGUUUGCAAAGUUUUUAGAGGUGUUCAAGAAGCUACAUAUAAAUAUACCAUUCGCGGAAGCAUUAGAACAGAUGCCUAGCUAUGUAAAGUUUAUGAAGGAGAUUCUCUCUAAUAAGAGAAAGAUGGGUGAUUACAAAACAGUGGCAUUAACAGAAGAAUGUAGUGCGAUUUUGCAAAGAAAGCUUCCUCAAAAGUUACGAGAUCCUGGGAGUUUUACCAUUCCAUUCACUAUUGGGGAGUUUGAAUGUAAGCAUGCACUUUGUGAUUUGGGGGCGAGUAUUAAUUUAAUGCCGUUGUCGGUAUUCCGUAGGCUUGGUUUGGGGGAAGCUAGGCCAACUACAGUAACAUUACAGCUGGCAGAUAGAUCUGUGAAGCAUCCACGUGCAACUGGGCAAGCAUUGAUAGAUGUGCAAAAGGGAGAGUUGAAGCUGAGAGUUCAAGAGGAGGAAGUAGUAUUUAAUGUGUUUAAGGCUAUGACUUAUCCUAAAGCAAGUGAUAGUUGUUUAUCAGUUGAUGUGGUCGAAGAAGUAGUAGAAAGAAAAAAUUUAAGUGAGGAUCCUCUUGAGUUGAGUCUUACAGUUGAUGAUGUAGAUGGUGAGGAAAAUGAAGCAGUGAUGAGCUAUUUAAAGUGGAUAACAUCAGCUGAGCCGUGGAAGCAUAAGAAAUUUGAAGAAUUGGGUGCAGGACCAGACAGACCAUUACCAUCGAUUCUGAAGCCACCUGUUUUAGAAUUGAAUGUUUUACCAGACCAUCUCCGUUAUGCUUAUCUUGGGGAAAAAGAGACUCUUCCAGUUAUAGUUUCAUCAUUUCUUUCGGAAGUAGAGGAGGAGAAGUUGUUGAGGGUGUUACGAGCUCAUAAAACUGCUAUAGAGUGGACUCUGGCUGAUAUAAGAGGAAUUAGCCCAUCAACAGUUAUGCAUAGAAUUCUUAUGGAAGAUGAGGCGAAACCGACUAUUGACGCUCAAAGAAGACUUAAUCCAACAAUGAAGGAAGUGGUGAGGAAAGAGAUUUUGAAGUGGUUGGAUGCUGGAGUGAUUUACCCUAUUUCUGAUAGUGCUUGGAUGGUGUUGAGAAGGUGUGAGGAGUCGCAUUUGGUGCUUAAUUGGCAAAAGUGCCACUUUAUGGUUAAUGAAGGAAUUGUAUUGGGGCACAAAAUUUCUAAGAAAGGAAUUGAAGUGGAUCGGGCCAAGAUUUCUACUAUAGAGAAUUUGCCACCUCCAAUUUCAAUUAAGGGAGUGAGGAGUUUCUUGGGCCAUGCGGGUGACGAGUGUUUGAUUGCUUUCAAGACUCUCAAGGAGAAGCUCAUUUCAGCGCCGAUAGUGUGUACACCUAAUUGGGACCUUCCAUUUGAGCUUAUGUGCGACGCUAGUGAUUAUGCGGUUGGAGCGGUUCUUGGGCAGUGA